AUGUCAAUUGAAGUUCCAAACUACUUUUAUAUCAGAUAUGACCUAUUGAACCAGCAGGAACCGGUGAAAAUCAGAUGGCAAGCUCUAAUGUGUUUGCAUUUUAUGAUCGAUACAGUUCUCAAGAGCGGUCAGUCGGGACGACCGAUGGCAUUCCGGAGGUUCAGGGACCUCUUGGAUCCGGUACUCAACGUCAGCAGGAUCUUCGGUCUCUUUCCCUUGGACGGUGCCUUCCGGAGGUCCAAGUUCUAUGUUUUCUUGGCGGGUGUUGUCUUCGUAGUGCUCGCCCUCGUAGUCGGUGAGGUCAUCUACAUGUCCUUGGUGAGGGAGUCGGAGCGGACAGAAAGGCAUCGAACUCUUCUCGCCUUCAAGAUGGCUAUCCUCAGCCUGGUUCCCUUCGCACAACUCUUCAGGAUACUGCUCUUCGUGGGUGAAGUGAAGUCGGUCGUCGACAUCGUCCAGAAGACAGAGAGGAUCCUCACGAAGGCUAACGUCUAUAUUUCUUAUGACUACAAACAGACAUAUGGUAUAGCAGCCAUUAGAUUGAUCUUCGAACUAGUAUUCGAAGUGACCAACUGCUUGACUGCCUCAAUCAGCCUCGCAGAACGGGUACUCCGGGGCUGCUACUUCUUCGCAGGGAUGAUCCUGACCCAAGUUAUUCAACUCCAGUUGUACUGCUUCCUCCAGGUGUUGGACUCCCAGAUAAACUCUCUCCAACUCCUCCUGGUGAGGUUAUACAUCCUCAAGGAGCUCGACAUCCUCACUGCCAUCGAAGCUCUGAACCGGCUGGAGUUAGCUUGCACUGACUUGAAUCGAGUUUAUUCCCUCCAGCUGUUGCUGAUCGUGAUUUUCCGCUAUCUGUCUUUCUUAUCGAGCACCUACAACGUGGUCAUGGGGUUCACUGCCUACCUCACUGGAUCUUCCAGUUCGGCUAAUUUCGUAGGACUGCUUCUGGAUACUUGUUGGCUGUUGUACGCCAUUUUAGAUAUCAUCUUAUUAGCAAAGAACUGCACCACAGUAAUCAGCAGGGUAUGUAAUCCAAUUCAGCUUAGGUAG